CGACAAUAAUAUCAAGAAAAAAGUAAAGUCUUGAAGGUGCUCCCAUGGCGACACCGGUAGUGGACGCAGAAUAUGUGAAGGAAAUUGAGAAAACUCGCAGGGAUCUUCGGGCACUUAUCUCUGGCAAGAAUUGUGCGCCUAUCAUGCUUCGUUUGGCGUGGCAUGAUGCUGGAACGUACGAUGCUAAAACAAAGACUGGAGGUCCAAAUGGCUCUAUCAGGAACCGAAAAGAGUUGAGCCAUAGCGCAAACAACGGUUUGCAGAUCGCUGUUGAUCUUUGUGAGAAAGUGAAGGCCAAACAUCCUAAAAUUACAUACGCAGAUCUUUACCAGUUAGCUGGAGUUGUUGCAGUAGAGGUAACUGGAGGUCCAUCAAUAGAUUUUGUUCCUGGUAGAAAGGAUUCUAAACAAUCUCCGGAAGAAGGACGCCUUCCAGAUGCCAAACAAGGUGCAUCACAUUUAAGAGAGAUAUUCUAUCGCAUGGGUCUAUCUGACAAGGACAUUGUGGUGCUUUCUGGUGGUCACACUUUGGGAAGUGCUCAUAAGGAAAGAUCAGGCUUUGAUGGCCCAUGGACAAAAGACCCUUUGAAGUUCGACAACUCAUACUUUGUGGAACUUUUGAAAGGGGACACAGAAGGACUAUUGAAACUUCCCACUGACAAGGUUUUAGUUGGGGAUCUUAAGUUCCGUCCCUAUGUUGAACGUUAUGCAAAGGAUGAGGAUGCAUUCUUUGAAGAUUAUGCAGUCUCACACAAGAAGCUCUCAGAGCUAGGCUUCACGCCCCGAACCGCCAAAAAAAGUAGCAGACUGAAGUCGGCACAAUGCGCAGUCGGAGUGCUCGCCGCCGUUAGUGUUGCCAUAGUUGUGGCUAUUCUCCUUAAAGGGCCAUAUACUAGGGAGUAAGAACUCAUAAUUUUAGUUGGACGUGUUAAAAAAAAAGCUUGCUUUAACAUAUUAUAAUGUUGUUACCUUUUUUUUUUUCUCUGAUUAUAAUGUUGUUACUUCUUACAAUAAAGCAAUGGCAUUCAGGGAUUUUCCCAUAUUUGUACAAGAACAAUAACCCAAUAAUAAUAAUAAUAAUAAUAAUAAU